AUGGUGGAGCCUACUGGCUCGGAAAAAGCUAGCAGCAUUGUAUUUCAGUUGCAUCUGGAGGGAAGUGAAACUUCGCAGAUGAGCCAGAGAAAUUCAAGUAAGCCCAUCUGCGUGUUCUGGCCUGCCUGUCGUGUCACACUUCGAAACUAAACUGUAAUUGGCAUUGUUUUGGUUGUACAUAUUCCUACCGAAAAUGCUUUCCAUUGUAUUGUUUCAGUGGCAACAGCAAAUGACUCGCGGAACGGCGAGGGAGAAGUACUCACCGAAAUACAGUUUUCGCGCCUUGAAGCACUCGACCCACAGAAACGUGAACUUCUAGAGGCGAGAUUUCACACUCCUCGGGUGCGUUAAAAUAAAUUAACCUUAAAUGUUUCAUGGUGGAUAUUUGCCUCGUGGUUUUAAAAUAAUUAGGUAUUUCAUAGCUGCUUUUCUCUGAUUAUAAAUGGACGCCAUUUUGUUUGCUUUUAGUCAUUGAUUUAUAUCUUGGCAUGGUGGUUAUAAGCUUCAGUAAUAAGCUUUAAAUUUUUAUUAGUAUUUCUUGCAAUUGAUGUAAUGUAUAUUAAUUUUAGGGGAGUGCCUGGUAGCUUAUAAGGUAACCAGAUUGGAAGGUGUGAGGGGUGGGGAGGGUAGCCUGACAGCUCAAAUAGAUGUCAGCAGAAAAAAAAAACAAAGCGAGGGUGGGGUAGGGGUGAGAGCAAAGGAACACCUGUAAGACUUUUUAACAAAAGCUUGUUCUGGUAUACCAGAUUCUGGUAUACCCUAUGAUUGGUCUAUUUUGACAGCUCUUGUCAGCAGAAAGAGGUUCAUUGCAUUGAUUGGAAAUGUGAUGCUCUAGCAAUUAGGUUACACAUCAUGUUAUCUUGGAAGUGUGGUGAAGUGAUUCGAAAUAAGCAACACGGUUAAUGUGGAAGAUCAUCCCUGAAGAACAGGAGAAAUUGUUCUCAGGCUGGAUCUCGUCAAGAGAAAGCAAGCCUUCUAAAUUUUACCAUUUUUGUUGGCUUUUAAGCAAGGUUUUUCCUUUCAGAUAUCUUCAGGAAUAUUAAAUAUGCGCAUGAACCAUCUUUUGAUAAGAGUCUUUGUUUAGCCUGCGAAUACAGCCGUUUCACUUUGGCCUUGUUCUUCUCCACUGGGGAUGUUUUGUUUGAAAACAGUCAUAUUUUUUUAAAAUUCAGUAAUCAGUGCAGUAUGUCGCUUGUUGCUUGAUUGACAACUAUUAACACUGGAAACUAUGCUCAGAUUAUUAGCCGACAAAGUGGGUGGAAUGACCUUUUGAAAACAAAUCUCACAGGCGUUCCCGGACUCAUCUCUCCCUUUCCUCCCUCUUUUCCUCCUAGUUAUUUUUUUUCUUGCUCUUUUCCAUUGCACUGCACUCCACUGUCCGAACGGUGUUACCCAAUACUGCAAUACCAUAAGAAAAAGUGGCAAAUACCAAAAUACCGUGCAGAAAAUCGGCGAAGUACCGAUACCACAUUUAUGAUCGGUCACCUCGCGUGUCUAGUUAUUGCAAGCAUGGUAUGCACCAGUAAUCAACCUCUGCCCUUGCGAGAAAACUUGUGAAGACCUUGUAUUGAUUGGUAUAAGUAUCUAAAAGCCUGAUCAUUGGGUGGCCUUGGAUGCUGUACCAAUUUCAUCAUAGAUUAACUGUCAGAAAUUUUGUAAUCAUUUACCAUUAAGUCUUAAGUCUUAAAAAUAUUGACCUGCAUUAGACAGGAGAGUGCAAAUGACCAGUACUGCGAUACUGUGAAGGAUCUCCUUUCACCGAAUACCAUCACUGGCCAAAAGGAUGAAAAACCGCAUCCUGCAGGGCUAGAUGAUACCAAAAUAAUGCUUGAAAAAAAGCUCAAUGCCGCAAUACCUUAAACCCCCAUGUCCCCCUCGGUGGGGGGUAGGGCCGUGGUUGCAUGGGGGAAAAAGAGAUACACUGUAGGAGGACUGGAAAGAGGAAAACAGGGGGUUUUUCCCUCCCUAACAUUCGCCCUGUUUGAGUUAGACCCACUGAUUUGUUUAUAUCAUGAUUAGGGUUGGGCACAGCCUGCAGACACAGACGUAUUUCCAGUUGUUGCUUCUCUCCACCGGAAAAGUAACUUGCGUUACUUUUCAGAUGGAGAGAAGUGACGACCAGAAAUACAUCUGUGUCUGCAGGCCUGAUGAUAGUGAUUAAGGUUAAGCACUGACAAUAGUGAUUAGGGUUAUUAAGCUCUGACUUAUAAUGGUUAGUUUGUCUUUACCAAAAGAGCACACUUUUAAUUAAUAAGAAAGAUGUUGCUUCCAUCACUGUGUCAGCAGGUCACUUCUUCUUUACACACUGUAUUUUUACCAAGUUUGUCUACCACAAAAUUGUCUUUGUUAUUGAUUUCUUGUAAUGAUGAGGUUAUGUUUUUGUUAUUUUAUUCCUCAGAGUAUAAAUCAAGAUUCUCAGCAUAGUAAUGCAAGUAUUUCCUCAACUGGAAGCGAUAAAGAGUUGGAGGUAUACAACAAGUCAUGCAAUCAUCUAAGCAGCCACUGUCAAUAAUUCCUAAUACGGUCUUCAGCAAAGACAUUUUUGAGCAACACAUCAUCCAGAAGUGGGCGUUUUGCAUUCUUGGGUUGGGGUUUGACACCUAAUUUUGGCAGAUCCUCUCUAUAAGAGCUAAGACACUUUCCAGUAGCAAUGACAAUUCUGUAGUGUUGUAAAAGGGAAUUCAAAGGACCUACUUGUAACUUCCAGUUGACAUGCCUCUCGAAAAACAUCUUUGCUGAAGCUCUAUGAUGAAUUUUCUCCAUGCUGAUUCAAUUAAAAUCAGCAAUUUUCAUUUCAUAAUUCAAGAGUCAUUCAAUAAUGACAUCCUUUGGACAUAAUUAAUUAUUUUUAUGAUGCUUAGAGUCUAGUUUUCAAUUUAUUGUGGGGGUCAUACACAUACAACACAAACUACUAGGAUUGCCAGAGCCUGUAAAGAUUAUGUUCAUUCUCAUGAUAGACCAAUUUCAAUGUAUUAAAAUUGGUAUUUGGCUUCGUUAUUCGCUAUUCUUUUGUUUUCUCUCCCCAAGCGUAGUAGCCAAGUAUGAAUUUUACACAGUAACAUAUCGAAAUUGGUCUAUUACUGGACAGUUUUCACAUUAUUUGAUGCAUGGCAGUCUUUUAUGAGACCCAUUUUACAUAAUCAGAAAAAGUAUUGUCGUAAUGACUCAACAAACUGUUGUACAUUGUAUAAUCCUCUUGUUAGAGCAUCACACCCAGUCAGAGAAGUGAAAAGCACUCGGGACGAAAACGAAAAGCAGCCCAGGAUGGAGACUCUCCAAGUACUGAUAAUAAUUUGAUUUAUUCAUAGAUGUAAUGAUUCUGAUCAUGAAUACUUUAAAAGCUUUGGACUUCUACCAGUGACUAUAGUGACUAAUAGAAAUAAACAAUGAGAACAACGCAACUACAUACAGUUGUCGAAAAAGAAGCAUUGUUUAUAAUAAGAAUUAAUAGACUGCUCUGUACAGAGCUUGCAUUAAUUUUUGAUAACUCAAGUCGAGUUACAUGUGUACAGUACAGUGGCUGUAUGUAUUAUUUAUAUAUCACUGAAAGGUUUUAUUCACAGGCAAGUUUACAGACGGUGCCCUAUAACUACAUGUACAUUUAGGAGGAUUUGAAAUAUGUUAUAGUACCCCAUCAAUAAAUUAUCAUAACUUAAGUUGGAAAUUUUUGUUACCGUAUUUAUUCGACUAUAAGCCGAUCUCGGCUAUAAGCCGAGACCCCAAACUUUGAACGUGUAGACUCGGCAUAACGAGAACCAAAAAUAAAUCGAAAACACCCGGCUAUAAGCCGAGACCCAUUCAUUAUUACAAGACUGAAUUGGUAACUACGGGAAAACCUAACAUUUUCGGAAAAAAUCACAGUGAUUGUCAUAAAUGAGGCUUAGACGAUAACACACACGCGCGUAUACAAGAGAUGCAAUGAUGAUUUAUUAUGCAAACAGCUUCCCUCUUAGAAAGCACACGCGAAUUAAUAAAUACUAUUAGUAUUAACCGUAAGUAACUAUUCAAUUGAAAAGCAAUGAAUCAUAACUCAGAUGAAUUAAUGUGAUCCAAAAAAUGAAUUUAAAACUAACUGUGUUGUUAAGCGGCAUCACCAGUACCUAGACAUCCGUAGCGUCUAUCAAACAAUCUCGUGUUCGCAAUCGUUUAUUUCAAGUCAAGUUGUCAUCAUGCCCAAAGCUCGUUGCACGUCAUACAACCUCGCGCUUAAACUUACAAUAGUCGCCGAAGCAGAAGCUGUUGAAAAUAACUCUGAAAUCGCCAGAGAAUAUGGCAUCAGUGAGUCCAUGGUCCGUCGCUGGAGGAAAGAUCAAGCGAACCUUUAUAACGGCGAGAUUAAAUUAUCAGCGAAACGGAAGACGGUGGGAUGCUUCACGCCGAAUAUCCGGAGCUCGAUCAAAGAAUACUGGAAUGGUUUACAGAGCGGAGAACCCAAGGUAAGUUUUUUGUCGAGCAUUGAUUUUGUAUCUUAAAACAACAGAAACAAGAUCACGAAAUAAAUCAAUCAGCUGAUUGCAGAGUGAGUAUGUGUUGUUGAAUGUGUGACUCUCAAAACUAUCGUAGUAUCAUGUGACAACAUUGUGUAUGAAAGACUCUCAUUGGCCAGUUUUCACAAAUGUCAAAACAAAUUCAAGACGUGUCAAAUUUUUAACCUUUCGAUCGUUUCGUAACCUUCUCUGAGUUCUCACUUCGUUUUGCAUAGGAAUAGCUGUUAGCGGAUUGAUGCUACGUCUAAAGGCAAAGGAAUUCAGCGAGGAUCCCGAGUUUAAAGCGUCCCUCGGCUGGUACCAGAAAUGGAAGCGCCGCCAUUCCGUCAGCCUUCGCACCAAAACAACACUCGCUCAGCGUCUCCCUGAAGAUUUGGAGCAGCAAACAGUCAAAUUCCAUCGAUUUGUAAUCACAUCCCGUCAGCGUCACGGUUAUUCCCUAUCAAGAAUCUUUAUCUUUUCUGUGAAAACACAUUAAAUUUAACAAACGGCUCCUUUAGGAGCCACCACAUUCUUAAAAGUUAAUAACCAACGAUUGCAUAUUGUGUUUCUUUACUUUAGCUCGGCUUAUACGUAAAUACAUCUCGAUUUAGUAGAGUUUCCAUGCGCCGGAAAAAUUUUUUUUUCAAAAACUUUCGGCUAUAAGCCGAGACCCCCUCUAGAGCCCAAAUUUUAAUUCACUUCAGUUUUAAUUUGUGUAAAAAUCGCUCGGCUUAUAGUCGAAUAAAUACGGUACAUAAUGUUUUUUAAAUCAUUUUUUUUUUAAGGUGUUCUGAGUAAGAGUGGACGCUCUGAAGCAAAAAUUACAGAGUACUUUAAGGUAUACUUUCUUUUCAAAAAUUUUUCACAAUGGAUGUCAGUGUCUUUUUAGUUCUUACGUUGUACAUGUAAUAACACUCAGUACAAUUACGUUUCCUUCAGAGAAACUACUCGAACUCUCCUUUUUUUAUUUUUCUGUUACAGAAUGAUGCUUCUGCUUCACGCAAAAGCCCUCUGAAUCUAAUGCCAUCAUUUACAUCCCAGGUAACAAUUUUGCAUGUGAAUCAUGCUUUUUUGUUAUUUCUUGGCUGUCACUGCAUGAGUAUGACAUAAAAAUCUCUAAUUUUUUUGUUUUAUGGAAAACGUAAAACAGCAGCAAUAAAAUUUUCUUUCUUUUUCUGAACAUGAAUAAUGGUUCUUAGAAACUGAAUUCCAAGAGAGUUUGCCUACAUUAAUGGCAAAGCAAGUAAGUCGGAAUAAUCGCGAUGAAGAUUAAAAAAAUGUGAAUUUACUUUUGGGCAACAUUUUUGCUGCUGUUCCCAUCCUUGGAUCUUAACCCUUAAAGUCCUAAUAUCCACAUACAAAUUCUCCAAACUGAUCUCCAUACAUUUCCUUAAAGAACUAGUUGAGAGAAUUUGAUAAAAGAUCAAGGCAUUUUCCUUUUGGUGAUCAUUUUAUUAAUUCUCAUAACUUUAUCUCUUGACAAUGUAUGGAUAUUAUUAGGAGAAAAUUGCUAUUGGUCACUAUUGGCACUUAAAGGGUUAACAAAGGUUCCCAAUGAGUUUUAGGGAUGGUUCAUUGCUGGCAACUCCUUUAUUUUGCAUUUUAGUUUCAUGCAGACAGUAGUUCCACUUUACCAUAUCCACUAAAAGCUCCGCUGGCUCCUGAACUGGAAUCAGAUGGGUCUGAUGGUGUCGAUUCAGCUGGAAUAUUCGUUCAUGAGUCAACACAGGUUCGUUAUUUAUGUUUUUAAUAUUGGAGAUUUUGCUACAUGUUUCUGUAAUUCACUCUAUGCAUGAUUAUCAAAGUUGCACUACAAUGCCUUCAAAACCUAAAAAUGUGAGUAGAAAUGUCAUUACAACUCAGAAUGCACAAACAAAAUGCAGCAAAUGGUAAAGUCCAAUUUUCACAAUAAAAGGGAUAAGUGCCCUCUGGCAAAAAUGUUCCCUUUUGAAGCCAUUCUUGUAAGUUACUCUAGUCAGAUCAUGACUCUUUCCUAUCAAAACCACAACUUCACUCUCACAGUCAAAGGUAUGAUUUACGAAUGUUAAAUUGGUGGUUGAAUUAAGCACAUGUAUAUGGAAUGUAUUUCAUUUGUGCCUCUCGUGUGAGAUUUUGCAUGUACUAGCAAAACAAUGAUCAAACAUGAUGAUGAAAAAUAUUAAUACAGUGAUUUUGUUACCUCUUCGUCCUGCAUCCUUGAUUGAUAAAAAUCCCCCAAAAUGCACAAACGUAUAUGGCAGCAUCCCAUGUAGGACAAAAAGAUCAAUUGAUCGAUCUGAAGAUGUUUUUUGUAGGAUAUCCUGUUCAUGUGAUUUCUGUGGCUAUUCUCUUGGCCAUUGUUGAAUGAUGCAUAAUUCUUUAAGACUUUGUUGUGCUUUACAAAAAAAUAUCUGUUAUCUGUCUGGUCACAUAAAAGGCCAAGGCAUUAAUUGCAAGUUAGGACUUCCUGUUUUUUGAACUGGGACUCAUUGGUUCUGGACUAGGACUCAAAAUUUUUCACAAGAUGAGUCCCAGGACUCACUAUAAAUGUAACUAUUUGUAGCAAAAUCACUGAUAAAAUUAAAUUACUAUUUAACAAUAAUAAUUUUGCUGAUUACAACAUGUAAAAGGUUAACCCAUUCGCUCCUGGAGAUUUUGCCGAAAAACGCAUUUUGAAGCUAGUCGAGUGGUUUUCUGGUCACUGUCUUGCUAUAAAGAGCUAAAACUUACCACAAACCGGUUUACAGGUCGUACACUUGGCGGCCUUCUGAUCCAGAUGCAAAAUAUAGCUUGCGAAGUUCGGGCAUGCGCAGAAAACAAAAUUUCGACUUAGUUUUUGGGUUUAAAAGUGACACAGCAGUCUUGACUUUUACUUUUCGCUUUCUCUCCUCCCUUCUUUUUUCGCUUUUCUUGCCUCAUUUUUUUUUUCUCUUGCUGGGCAUUUAGUAGGCUUCAUUUUGGUGGGAAGAGUUUUUAGGAAAGCUUUUAGGAUCUUAGGAUUAGGUGAAAGGAAAGGUAGGUGGGUAAUGGAACAAGAUUUUCAUGGAGAUUUUCAGGUCCUUGUCACGUGGUUUUUUGCUUCUUUCUCCGGUGUGCUUGACUGAAUUGUGCUCAUUCUGGUAUGGUUUGAAAGAUCUCUUCACUCUGCACAAGUUAGCGAAGAAAGUUGUCCUUGACCGUUAAAACUGAUGACGUCACAAAGGGUAGAAAUGACCUGGAUCCGCACGGGCGGUUACGGGCGGUUCAGGGGCGAAUGGGUUAAUGAUGAUAUUGAUCUUGGUAUCAAUUAUUAUCAUCAUCAUCAUGACGGACAUUCAUAGAGAUUUCUUCCCAAACGCCAAGAUUUGCCAUCGCUGUACUCAGGUCCCUGGUAUCAAUGAAACUAAGGAUGAUGAUGAUGAUGAUGAUGAUAUUAAUGGGAACAGCAAGUCAAAUUGAAACUGCAGUAAUUAUAAAUUAAAGCUACAUAGAUAUACAGGUAUUGACAUCAUUAGUUGGGGCCUUCACCUAGCUGUGCCGCCAAAGCCACUAUCGAGCAUGUAUUCUCAGAUUCCAUACCCUGGCUAUCCCUGCACCUGAUGAACAAGUCAUCGUCAUUUUUUUAUGAAAUAUUAUUACCAUAACAUUAUUAUCAUAGGUAAAAAAGGUACCAACAGUACAACUACAUGUAGAGAGAAUGCAGUAAAGAAUGAGUAAACACUUUUGUAUAGAAAUUUAUUUCUUGAUGUUGUGGUAAUAUUUUUAUUGUGUUUAAAAGGAUUUUUGUAAGAAUUAUUACCUUUUAUAGUAAUUUAAUUUGUCUUUUUUUUUUGCAGACAAUAUUGACAACUGAAAGUCUUCGGGUUAGUUUUUUCUUUUUUAUUAUCAUGUACAUGACUGAUUGCUAUGAAUUUCCUUACACGUGUUGAGAAUUCCUUUACAAUGUGGUUUACUAGAAUUGAGGGUUAGGAUCCGUUCAGCUCAUUGUGAUCAGAAAACAGUAAAUUAAAAUAAUUAAGACAGUAGUGAAAGGACUACUUGCCAAGUUCUAAGAGCUUACAAUGGUAUUUGGUAAUGUUAUUGUUUCCUUGCAGGAAAUGGAGACCUUUUUGUCAACAGGGGUGGCCUCUUCCCAACAGAAGGAAAGCAAAAUUGAAGAGCUUAAAGGGGUAACCUGAACUAUGAAAUAUUAUUAUAUUAUGUUAUAUAUUAUAUUAUGUUUCACUUAUUAAUUUUGCUCUUCUUAUUUGACCCUCUGACAUAUACAUGUACAGGUGUAUUGAAGUACAUAAUUAUAGUACGAUGUAUUUUUACACCUCCCACCUUCCAAGACUUACAUUGUAUUUACAGCUGUAAAUGAUAAUAUCAGAAAGCAGUCCUGCUUUACACAAUGUACAGGUUUCUUUUAUUAUGUUACAGAUGAUUUGCUUUGUUUUGUUUUUCUUAAGCUUGUCGAGGACUACAAAAAACAAGUUGAAGUUCAACAGGUGAGCAGUUAGAUAAAAUAUGAGUGGCAGAUUGGUUUCAAGAAUAACGGACGCUCUUUAAACUGACAUUAUACAUCUCGCUUUGACUCUGAAGAUGACUACCACACAGGUUGAUUAACCAUCCUGGAUCAGUCCACACCAAGUUGUGAUUGAUUAACACAGUCUAUCAUUUAUUAGUGAAGAAUAAUGAGGGGGAUGGGAGGGGGGCUUAAAAGAGAAGGGGGAAGGGGCUUAUUAACUUUCUUCCCCUGAAAAGGGGGGCUUAUUAAAGAGAGGGGCCUUCAUUGAGAGUGGGGCAGGGGCUUAAUAGAGGAUUUAUGGUAAUUGGGAUAAUUUGGCCACGGGAACGAAAACGUGCCUGAGUGAAUAAUUAUCUGAGGGAACUCUUUCCAAUGAGCUGCGAAAGCAACCCCAAUAGAUCUCAAAGAAGUAUUUUGAAUAUUGAAAUAUUACUUGUUCCAAAAACAGAAUGCUACAAAGAUUUGAUUUCGUACAGGGGAGCAUAAAAGUGGAACUCUCUGCCUCAGAACUUGAAAUUAGUUUAAUCUAAGAGCGUUUUUAAAAGGAACCUGUUGGUGGCUGUCAAAUCAUCACUAAAUCCAUAAAUUUCCUUUAAUUCAAAUUCUAAGUAUUUUUAAUUACUGGCAGCUGGUAGAGAUUAAUUUUGUAAACAUAAUUUUUGUACUUUAAUGGUCACUCUAAAUAAACCUUUACAUACAAUACGGCUUUCUUGUAAAGAAGUUCUUAGCUUAUCAAAACUACCAUAUUGAAACAAAAGUCAUUCAUUCAUUCAUUCAUAUUCCACCUACUCAUUUACAUUUUUUUGUUUGAGGACUUUUAAUCAGUUUUACAAGACAUUAUUAUCAGUGAUGGCGUUCAAAUGAUGCAGUUGUUCAGUACAAAAAUAUAACACUUAUUUGGGCCAGCCAAAAAGUAUACAUGAUUGGGUAUUUUUUUGGUCACAUUAUAUUUGUGGUUACUGAAAAGUCUACUGCUCUGUUUAUCAUUCUCAACCUCUAGAAAGCUGUUGCCAAAGCAAAAGAAAGCCUUGAAAAAUGUUUAGCCAUCAACAAGAAACUACUUAUAACAUCUGUAAGUCAUCGAAAUUUAUAUUCAGUAGAGGCUUUUGCAGUGACAAUAAUAUUAUGUUAUUAAGCGUGUCCCAUUUUUUUUUUACGAACAGUCUACUCUUGAAAAAAAGGCUGGGCGAGAAAGAUGUAUGAAGAACAGACUGCGACUUGGACAGUUUGUUCCUGUCAGGUAAUGAUUAAUUAACUUUACAGUAGGAGUUUUUAAGACAGAAUCCACCAGGAAAUUGAGUAAUUUUAAUUCUCAGUGGAGAAAAACCUUGUACCAGAAUAAUUUAAAGAAUAUUGCAUUCUUUUUUACAUUUUUCAAGGCCUAAAGAUGUAAUUAAUCACCUGUAAUAACAUCAAAGAAAAUUUAUCAUGGGAGUCCGAGAAAAUGAAUGUCAAAUUUCACAAGAAUUGUGAAAACACUGGUAAAAUUCUGAAAAUAUCAUGUGAAAGAUGUACAUGUAAUUAUGAAAUUUGACAUUCAUUUUCUCAGGCUCCCAUAAAUUUUCUUUGGUGUUAUUACAGAUGACUAAUACAUCUUUAACCCUUGAAAAAUUCAAAAAAGAAAGCAGUAUUUAAAUUAAAUUAUUCUGGUACAAGGUUUUUGUCUUCCAUCGAGCUAGUGUGGCGCAGUGGUGAGCACACUCUCCUCCCACCAAUGUGGCCCAGGUUCCAAUCCUGGCAUUGAUGCCAUAAUGUCAGUUGAGUUUGUGGUUGGUUCUCUCCCUUGCUCUGAGAGGUGUUUCUCUGGAUACUAAAGAACUCGUAAGUGCUUUUUUAUGGGUAAACAAAUAACAAUAAUUACAAUUACAGUUAACAGUUUGUAAUUCUUUUUCAGCUGAUUGAUCGUUGCAGACCGAAGUCACUUAUGUUUAACUUUCCUUUUACAGGCAAGGAGUAUCAUUUGUGGAAACAUGGGUUGAAGGACAUGCCUUCAAGGAUCUUGCUGGGUAAUAAUCUUAUUUUUAUCUUUGUUUAUUUCUUUUUGCUAUAAAAUUACAGAAGUAAACAUUGUCACUGUUCACAUAAAGGUUCAAACUAACAAUUCUUCAAAUUCACAAAUGAAACAGUUGUUAAAUAGUAAAAUAUGCUUACAACAAUGGUGACCCUAAGAAAGGGAAAAGUAUGCAUAAAAUCCAGUUUUUGAGUUGCAGAAUAAAUGUUUCAUUUUCAUCACAUGAGCCUAUCAAUUUCCUGAUCAGUGGAACAGGUGUACCAAAGAAAGAAAGAAUUAAAAAAUUGUAGUUAAUAGUGCAUUUUGUUCAAAUUCGAAAAUUAUUUUGCAGAAGUUGAAUUGGUAAUGUAUACUUUCAUUUAACAAAAUAGAAAUGUAAAGGUUAUGGGCACUUCAAGAUUACACCAUUUCACCAAGCCCAUGUAAUGCAUUAUACUUGUAAUUUUUCUUUGUAAUUUUUUUAUUGCUGUAGCUCAAAACGAAGUUUAGGCUUAAACUAUUUCAACGUAUGAGGUAGAAAAAACAACUUUUUCAACGAGCUAAUACACACAACUUCACUGUCUUUUCAUCAAAACGUUGUAUCAAAAAAGAUUGAUUGCCCAAAGGAAACGCAAAGAAUAUUUGUUGAUUAUGUACAUGUAUUUUACUUGUAUGUGUAUUUAUCUAUGUUUUAGGCAACAAGAGAGAAUAAAUCAACAAAGGGAAGAGUUAGAAAAACAAAAGAAAACUUUGGCAAAGAAAAAGCCACCCUCUAACACUGCAAGUGAGUCAUUCAUUUAAUUGAAAUAUCACAUCAAGCACGAGGUGUUAGGUGAAGGACAACCAAGUUCAACUUGAUAAUGGUUAUGAUGAUCAAGGAGACACAAGGGGGGGGGUUACUCUGGCUUUGAUCCUCCCUCCCUUGUCAGUGGCCAGCUAACAGUACAAUUCCAAAAAUACUUAUUGCAGUGGAACCCUCGAUUUAACAAACCUCUAUAAAAUGAAUUCCUUAGAAUAACGAAUGAUUUUCUUCAGCUCAGCCAAAAUUACAAAAAAUGUAUGGAACAAAACCUUGAUAUAACGAACCUUGAUUUAACAUAAUCCUCGUUAUAACAAACACAAUCCGGAAACGUGAACGCAAAAUAAACCUCGAUCUUACAAAUAAAUGUCAACAUGUGACCGAUAGCUAAAAAUCCAAAGAGGAUAAAAUUUAUGUGUACAGUAGUUUUAAGCAGUUUUGUUUGCCUGUUCUUUUGUUUCUAGUGCCUUAGGUAUGUACAGCUCUGAACUGAGACCAAAGCUUCGUACACAAAUUUAUUACUAUUGUUUAUUACAAAAAUUGUUCAGAUCCGGAAAUGCUGGGCAUUGGAAAUUAAUCAUUAACCAUACCUCGAUAUAAUAAACGUUUUGCUUGUUUUGACAAAAAUUCUUGAAAUUGAGGUUUUCAAUAUAACAAGCCCUCGAUAUAACAAGCAAAUUUUCCCAGUCCCUUGGCACUUCGUUGAAUCGAGGUUCCAGUGUAUGAGGCUGUGUACAGAGGCUUGGGUGUGCUCUGACCUUGUCCCCCUCGGCCCCCCCCCCCCCCUUCCAUCAGUACAUGUUACAUGUACCACCAUCCAUCAUCACUGUCACUCAUUAUUUGCAAAUGCAUACAUCUACAUUUAAGAAGCUUGUGUAUUAAAGCAGACAUCAAGGUACAGAAAAGAAAUAAUAUUGUAUUUUGUUUCUCUAUUGAUUAUACUAAUAGCCCUUUUCCACAUUAUUGUGAACACAUGCACCAUCUGUGGGCUUGGGUUGAUAAUAAAAAAAAUGAAAAUACAGAGAUUUGUAAAUAUCAAAUUAUUUGAUAAUUCUAAUAAUUAAUUAAUAUUUCUUUUAUUUCCAGGUACAAAAGAAAAAAAGCUUCCAAGGACAAGCAGUGGAGAGAGUGAUCAGUUUGCAAGACCAGGCUCACCAGUGUAUGUACUUGAGCAAGUACAUGUAUCACAACAUGAAAAAAAGAAAAACAAUCUCUAUUUAAUUUUACCCUACACUGUAGUAGGACAGAACAAUUAUUAAAUCACUGAAAUAAAUCAAAUCAAAUAAACAAGGUUAAGAACCCAAUUAGCAAGUGGCAAACCUUAUGGCUAUGUAUUGUACAAGUGUGUUUGGGGAGUUAAGCUUGGGCUUUAGAGGAGCAAAUCCAGUCCAGUGCUUGGAAUGAAGCCAAAAACUUGAUCAACUCAAAUGCGAGAAUGCCUGUUUUUUUUCCUAGUUGUAUUUUAAAUCAAGAAGAACUCAGGGUUCCUACAAGGUCUUAAAUUCUUGAAAAAAAUUUCUUACAUGUGCGUGUCUGCAUUGCACCAUGGUUACUGUACAUUUGCAUUGCAUCACGAAAAAAGCUUGGUUCUUGCCUUUUUCAAGGUCUCUAUUGAUGACCUAUUUGGUAACCUUGAGUCAGAAAAAAUAGGCUAUUGUUUUGGGAAAAGUCUGGAAAAAGUCUGGAAUUUUGGAUCCAAAAAUCUGUACCAACCCAGAGAACUGCAUAUUAAAAAGUUGCAAACAGUAGGUAGUUUGAUGCUGUUACUUUCCUGCCACUAUAUUCAGGUGUGCUAAAGAGUAUUACAUAAAAAAAUAUAUAUAUUAAUCUUCUCUAACAAGUUAAUUUUAUGACUGUGUGUACUGUUAAAACAGCCUGUCACCAAUGGAAUACCAUGAGAGAGAAGAAAUUUUAAAACUCAGAGCUUUGGGUUUGAAAAAGGUAUGUAGAUUAAUUAAUUCACAAGUAUGUUGCAUGGCUUGAAUUGCUUGUGAAAGCUGCUUUUUUAAGCUUGUUGUAUUUCAUGAGCCCAGACACCAUGCUAGAGAAGCUGCCCAGUUCUUUAAUAAUUGUGAUAUCCUGUUUUCUUGUUUUCACUGACAAGUUACACGUUAUCACUUCAGCCAGGCUUUUCUGUGGCCUUUGGUUGCUUUGAAAUACUGUGCAAACAUGUAUUCUUAAUUUUUGGCCCUCUUAGAGCACCUGUGGUAGGAGGUUAGAAAAAUUGACCAAAAAAAAGCAAAAGAAAAAAAUAGCAAAAGUGUGGUACAGAAGGACGCUGUUAGUAUGACAGUAUACUUUUUAUGACUUUCAAUCAAGAGCAUUAUUAUUUGACAUCAGAUUGUUUUCUGAACUGUAUAUUGGGAGCGGAGCUGCCAGCAUGAAUGUCAGGGUAUCAUGCGAGCAUCUUGGCAGCAGGGCAGUCGUCAUUAGCUGGGAAAGCUUGCCACCUAAAUACUCACGCAAUACCCCAAAAAAGUGAGCUUGCUCACGGGUUACAUAAAAUUGUUAUUACCUAAUUAAUGGUCAUAUGCUGAGGUUGCACUGACUAUGCACUUACCAUGAACAAUAAUAAUGCCACGGAUGUUUCAUUUGAAUGGAUGCCUCACAAAAUCAUUUUUGUUCGUGGACUCAAAGACGUUGAAUUGUGUAUUUUUGAAAUAAAAUAAAUCGCACUUUUAUGUGAACCAAUCUCAGAACAUAGUGGCUGCGGGUCAUAUUUAGAAACUUUUGUUACCUUGAAUUAUCCCCAGGAGGAGACAGAUGUUCAAACGGAAUUAGAAAAAUUAGACAGGGAAAGAAUGCUGCAUAUACGAGAGUUAAAGAGGACACAAAAUGAAGAUAGCUCGAAGUAAGUCUCAUUUAGUGCAUGCAGCUUUAUCGACUUUGAUGUGCUGUUCCUGUUAAGUUACUGUAACUUGUAUGUAUUACAAAAUUACUUUUACUGUAGCGUGGAACUUGGCUUUAGCCAGGUAGACAGUUUUUGGCCAAAACUCCAUAACUUUGAUUACUGGUACAUGUAGCUGUCUUUUCGCUAACAUCCCUUGUUACUGCAUUCGCUUUUCAGAUUUAAAGAUCACCCCACUCUAAACAAGCGAUAUCUGUUAUUAAAUCUGCUGGGCAAAGGAGGCUUCAGUGAAGUUUAUAAGGUGAAUUAUGAAGUUAUGAAUAUAUGAAAAUCAUACAUGAGAACUUCUGGGAGAAGAAUUAUUUGAAAGAAGAUCAUCGCAGUUGUAGACACAACUUUUACAGUUGCGAAAAGAAAGCCUGAAAAAAAUUAAGGCUUGUAUGGGAUUCGAACCCUCCUGACCCUCGUCCUCCGCGAUACCGGUGCAGCGCUCUUACCAAUUGAGCUAACAAGCCAACCGGAAUCCCGUACAAACCUGAAGAAGGUUAAGCCCUUUCCCGAUAGCAAAAUGAUAAAACGUCUUACAUUUGAUAACUUGUUCCCACCACUACGACAUUUUCGCUCAAAAUCCUAGUAGAAUGACGACGGCUACCACGUUUUCCCGCCAGAGUGACGUUAGUUCACGCUAGAGCACUACUACUUAGUACUGAGAAAAUCUCUAAAGCUCUCUUAUAUCAUAAGGGGAGAUUAGAUUCGUUUGAUUGUUAGAGCUAAGAGGCCGGGGUAUCAACGGCUCAACGGGUGCUUUCAUUCUUCGUUUUUAUUUAUCUUCCUUCUUAUAUUUUGAAUUAUUUUAGGGUUAUGACUUGUUAGAACACAGAUAUGUGGCCUGCAAAAUACAUCAACUCAGUAAUGACUGGAAAGAAGACAGAAAAGCAAAUUAUAUCAAGUACGUCUGCCUUUACUUUGGUUCACACUGUAGUUCCCAAACCUUUUUCUCUUUGUCUUUUAUUCUCUAUUUACACCCCUUCUCUUAUUCCUCUUUUCCCUUUGAUCAUGUCUACCUCUUGUUUUUUCUCUUGUUACAGGCAUGCGUUGCGGGAGUACAAUAUUCACAAGACUCUGGAUCACCCUGUGAGUGGCUCUCUUGAUUACCGCAUUGACUAUCAAUACUGAUUAGGGUUAAGCCCUGAGAGUAGUGAUUAGGGUUAAGCACUGACUCGAAAAACGGUUAGCUUUUAUCAAGGGUUAGGGUUGAUGCUAUAUACUUCCAACUUAAAGCACUUCUUCCCAGAAAAUCUUUGGUAGUCUAGUGGUUUGGGUGGUAGACUGCAGAUCCGAUGCUCCGGCAUCGAAUCCUGCUGGUGCCAUCAUGAAAUUUUAUUCCCUAAACCAUUGAAGAGACUUAGACUUUCAUGAACAUUUUAUCAAGCAGAAAUUUCAAGAGACAGAAAUUUUAUGUAGGAAAAGGGAAGUGUCUUGUGAGAGCCACUGAGGGGAAAAUGUCAUUUUAGAGUAUGGACAGGUUAACAGACGGCUUAGAGGACGAGAUUUGACUGAUAGUCUUUUUUUUUCCCGAGUAUUCUAAAAAAAAGACCCUCCGGAAAGCCUCAUUCCAGAAAAGUUAACACGGUUAUUUUAUUCGAAGGAGGUUAAAGGGAACCUCCACUUCAACAAACAGAUAACUUUAAAUCACAGGAAAUAACUGUUACAGUCAAGUCAAUCUAAAAUAUUUUUUUUAAAGAAAGCGUUUGUAUUCGAAAGAAAUAACUUUUAGAUUCGCUUAUUUUUGUUUUCAAAUUUUGCGGGCGUCGCCAUCUUGAAUAAUUGUGAAGUGUUACGGUUGCCCUAUUGUUAUUAAACAAAAGCUCUUUGUGUCAGAACAAUAGAGCAACCGUAACACCUCACAAUUAUUCAAGAUGGCGGCGCCCGCGAAAUUUGAAAGUGAAAAUAAGCGAUUUUAAAAUUCACUUUUCCUGAUAUAAACACUUUUUUUAAGGACAAAUUUCGAACAAAUUUGUUUAUCAACAUAAUUUUAUUCGAUUUAAACUUAUUCUGUAGUAAGAGUGGAGGUUCCCUUUAAUGAGCCCUCUCCUGAUCGCAAAGUGACAAAACGUUUAAUAUUUAAUUACUUGUUUCCGCCUCUACGACAUUCUCGCUUAAACCCCGUAGCAGAAUGACGGAAGUACAGUUGAGAAGAAUACCGGUAGUUGUUCCUGGUCACAAUCGACUUAGUUCUCGUGCGAUAAAUUCAUCGACAGUAAUGUAGUUAUUGUUGUGUUCGAGGUACGAGAACGCAACCCCUAAUUUGUGUUGGGCUUUCUGUGCAUUAUUGGGUGUCCUGUGCAAUUAAUAAGGGAGGUUUUUUUGAGAUUGCAUUUUCGUCGUCGACACACAUUUGCCUCGCUUUGAGGCGCUUGCUUUCGUUUUGCCUCACUUUGACGCGCUAGCUCACGUGGUGAUUCUUGUGUCCUCAGCGUUCAUCUUUCAAAGGUUUGCUAAGGUCUGAUAUUCUGUCUUCGUAAAGCGUUCAUCUUUUAAAAAGUUUGCUGAAUCUUCGUAAAGCGUACAUCGAUCUGUGUUUGCUGAAUCGUCCAAAGCGUUCAUCUUUCAGAAGUUUGCUGUUAAAUUUUACUUUGGAUUAAGCCUUCAUAUUUUUCAGCAUGGUUCGUCACUGUCUUUGGAAAAUGUCUGCGACUCCUGGUGCAUGCAUCAAACCGGGUUUAGUUUGGCGGCCGUUGUGCCACAAAGUAAAUUUACCGAGUUGUGUAGCUCGGUGGCGCCAUUUGAUCAUGACUUGUGAUAUUUUCGGCACCGGACAAGCGAACGAACACUUUAACUCUAUGUUAUUUAUUAGAAAAAACUUAUAAAACAACCCACAGUAGCGCCACUCUCGAGUCACUGAAAUCAACACGCUCGACCAAAUUACUGGAAAAGUUAUUGACGUGAGCGGCACACACAUUCCAUUGAAGGCUUUGACAGGGUUAGUGCGAAGUUUGAAUUCAGAUGUGAACGCUUUUAAAACAGUAAAUUCAAUUUAAUUCAUUUUGUCAACAAGUUUGUGAUUGGAUGCUCUUAAACAUAAAACAGAGAAAAUUAUCCCAAGAAAUGUUUUCGAAGAAAGAAAAAGAAUCCCGGGUUAAGCACUAAUCGGCCUUUGAGCAACUGCGCCCUGUAAUAGCGCCAGUAAAACAAAAUGUUCUAUUUACACGCCCGACGCACUCUGGCCAAUGUCUCCUCCGAUUACAAGCGCUUGACACCGAACCAUACGAUAUCUUUUCAAACCCUUCUUAUAAUCAUGAUACACAGUUUAAGUAGAGGGUUUGCUGUACGCAACCGUUCAAUAUAAGCCAUAAUCAUUUAUCUAUAUCGCAACCAAACAAACAUAUCGAACACACUCUUCUAAGCUCCGAGUACUCCUAGUAUAUAGUCAUAAUUAUUGCCUAUCACAAAAAAAAAGUUAUGAUCUCGUUAGUUUUGUAAGAGGUGGUUUAAAACGAUGUUAAAUCUCAGAAAGUUCUGUUUAAAACGUUCCCUAUAACAGGUCUUGUACAUCGCAGCUAUGAUCAGCAAUGACGUGUUUUUGCUUGAUCUGUCAGGUUUUGUACAGUUCUUGAGUACUGCGAUGGCAAUGAUUUGGAUUUCCUUUUGAAACAACACAAAACGGUACCAGAGAGAGAAGUA